UAACAAUGGCUAUCUUUGGCAAGUCUCUUGAGAUGGAUUUUUUCUUGAGUAAAUGUCUCUUAUUUGGUUUUAUACUUUCACUUCAAAUUCAUGGCUACUUUGGUUGCUUUGAAGAGGAGAGAUUAGCUCUUUUAGACUUCAAAGUAUUUGUUCAGUUUAAUGGAGAUGAUGCAGACAGGCUUUUGCCUUCUUGGAACAAUGAUGCAACAAGUGAUUGUUGUGAAUGGGACAGAGUCACGUGCAACUCCACCACCGGUCACGUGAUCAAACUCUCUCUUGAUAAUAUAAGGCAAAUACCUUUUGAUGGUUAUUAUGAAGAUAUGAGCGUUUGGUUUCUUAACAUUUCUAUGUUUAAUCCUUUUAAAGAGAUGACAAGUCUUAAUUUGUCUUACAAUGCGAUAGGGGAGUUUAUUGACAAUGCAGAAUUUUCAGAUUCCAAAAUUUUGUCUAAGCUGAACAAGCUAGAGCAUCUAGACUUAAGCUGGAAUGUGCUUGACAAAGAAGUAUUAAAGGUCUUGGGUGAAUUUUCAGCCCUAAAAUAUUUAGAUCUACAUAAUAAUUUUAUGGCAGGUCCACUAUAUUACCAAGAUAUUUCUGGAUUAAGCAACUUGAAGGUCCUUAUUCUGCAAUUCAAUGAACUGAAUGGAACUCUGCCUAUUAAUUAUUUGGUUAAUUUCACUAAGUUGGAGAUUCUAGACUUGAGCUGGAAUGGAUUCACUGGAAGCAUUCCACCAAGCAUAAGGCAUCUAUCAUCUCUCCAGGCUUUAACUGUAUCAAAAAAUUAUCUUAAUGGCUCUUUUCCAGCUCAAGGUUUGUGUCAGCUACAGAAACUUGAAGAGUUAGAUCUCAGUCAGAAUUCCCUUCAAGGAAAUAUUCCUUCAUGCUUAAGCAAUCUGACAUCUCUUAGACUGCUAGAUCUUUCAGCAAAUAAUUUCUCAGGAAAGAUCUCUUCAUCUUUAGUAGCUAAGAUGACCUCACUCGAGUACAUUGAUCUAAGUCAUAAUCUUUUUGAAGGUUUAUUCUCAUUCAGCUCAUUUUCUAAUCAUUCUAAACUCCAAGUUGUUCAGAUAAAGAAUAAUAAUCAGCAUUUCCAAAUUGAAACUGAAUAUCCCAAUUGGAUUCCAUCAUUUCAGUUGAAAGUUCUUGUUUUACCUUAUUGCAACUUGAACAAGCUCUCUAACAGUACUGUUCCUACAUUUCUCUUUUACCAACAUGAAUUGAGAGUUCUUGAUAUUUCUCACAAUAAUCUAAAAGGAAAGCUUGACUUGUUCCUUGGUAACAAUACAAGAAUUGAGUUUCUGUCUGUGAGGAAUAAUUCUUUUGUGGGUCAGUUACAUCUACCGCCUUUUCACGGUGUGACCAGCCAGUGGAUUGAUGUAUCAGAAAACAAGCUACAUGGUCAAAUCCAGUCAAACAUAGGGGAUAUGCUUCCUUAUGCAAUUUAUUUGAAUUUUUCCAAGAACUCUUUUCAAGGCAAUAUACCAUCCUCAAUUGGUCAAAUGGGUUACUUGCAGCAAAUAGACCUUUCUUUCAAUAACUUCGAUGGAGAAGUACCAAAACAGUUGGUUUCCAAUUUGGUCAAUUUGUUGAUCCUGAAACUUUCAGAUAAUAGAUUUCAUGGCGAAAUAUUUACAGAUCACUAUAACUUGACACUGUUAGAAUCUUUGCACUUGGAGAACAAUCAUUUUACAGGAUUACUGUCAAAUGUGAUCUUGAGAAGCUUUAAACUUGGUGUAUUGGAUAUUAGCAGCAAUUACAUCUCUGGAGCAAUUCCUAAAUGGAUGGGCGACCUCAAAAAUUUGAGAACACUUGCAAUGCGAAACAAUCAACUUGAAGGUCCACUCCCAUGCAAUCUUCCAUUCACCUUUUUAGACCUUUCUUACAAUAAUUUGACAGGAUCAAUACCUUCUUGCUUGAAACUACAAGAUACUUGGGGUCUGUAUUUGCGGGGGAACAAGUUCACAGGUUCAAUACCAGAAUCUAUAUUUAACUCUUCAAUUCUGUCAAUAUUGGACAUCAGUUACAACAGCUUGUCUGGCAAACUUCCUGAUUCAAUAAGUAAACUUCCCAAUUUAGAAGUGCUUUUAUUGAAAGGGAAUUUUCUAAGUGGUGAAAUUCCAAAUCAGUUAUGUCAGUUGAAUAAUACAGGUUUGAUGGAUCUGUCCAACAACUUCUUCUCUGGAUCAAUACCUCAGUGCUUGUAUAAUAUAUCUUUUAAGGAAGCAUUGGAUUUCUAUGCAUUUAUUCCUGCAUAUUUUAAGCGCACAAUUUAUGUCUAUGGAAGUAUCCUGCUAGGGCAGUACCUAGUUUAUGAUCCGAAUGCUGGGUAUGCAUAUGAAGAUGGCGCGAUCGACUUUCUCACCAAGAGCAGGUCCAGUUCUUCUAAAGAUGACAUAAUCGAUCUCAGGUCUGGAUUGGAUUUGUCCUCUAACAAUCUCACCGGUGAAAUUCCGAAUGAACUAGGGAAAUUAAGUCAGUUAAAAGCAUUAAACUUGUCUCACAACCAGCUGACAGGUUCAAUUCCAACAACUUUAUCGAAACUCAGCCAAAUACAGAUAUUGGAUCUCUCUUAUAAUAGGUUAAGCAGAGAAAUUCCGCAGGAACUAAGUAAUAUGCAUUUGCUCAAGUAUUUCACUGUUGCUCACAACAAUUUAUCCGGUAGAAUUCCUGACAUCAAGCCACAAUUUGGAAGAUUCGAUAGCAGCAGUUAUGAAGGAAAUUCACUUCUAUGCGGACUACCAUUAGUUAAAAGCUGCAAUGCUUCAAUUUAACGGCAAUCAUGCUUGUUUGUUCUUUUUCUGUCACUGUCAGUCUGUUAAAAGAUGCCAAACUAAUAAUGAGAGCUAUUUUUGUGUUGUAAACC